CGGUGCUCGGAAAGCAGGCAGACCCGCCCCCCUGCCUGGAAUUGAUCGAUGGAGCUGAUUCGCCUGCAGGGUCCGCCUCCUUUGCCUUUAAAAUGAGCGGCGGCUCGCUCGCUUGCCCACUGUCGCCCGCCGGCUCCAGGCGCACCACGAUGGGAUGGAGAUAUAUCGCUCCCCGCCCGCUCCUGGUGCCAUGGCCGGUCCUUUUGCCUUCCCAGCAGCAAGCAACAUGACUUGCUACGAAGGGCGACUCAACUCCACGCCCAUGGCUCUCCUGAGCCCCGCCGUGGCCAAGGAGAAGGGCAACGCCAGUUCCGCCCCGGCGGAGUGCGGCUCCGUCUCGGUGGUCUUCCCUCUGACCAUGAUGAUCACGGGCAUGGUGGGCAAUGGGCUGGCCAUGCUGCUGGUGUACCGAGCCUACCACAAGAGGGAGAACCAGCGAAAGAAGUCUUUCUUGCUCUGCAUCGGGUCCCUGGCCUUGACGGAUCUGACGGGGCAGCUCUUGACCAGCCCUAUUGUCAUCUCAGUCUAUUCUGCGGACAGGAAGUGGCUAGUGGUUGACCCUUCCCUGCACCUGUGCACCUUCUUUGGCUUGAGCAUGACUGUCUUUGGGCUCUGCCCCCUCUUCAUUGCCAGCGCCAUGGCCAUCGAGAGGACCUUGGCCAUCCGAGCUCCCCACUGGUACUCUGGCCAUAUGAAGACCAGGGUGACCAAGUCGGUCCUCCUCAGCGUGUGGCUGUCUGUCUUUGCCUUUGCUUUCUUGCCCGUUGUUGGUGUUGGGAAGUACACCCUCCAGUGGCCGGGCACUUGGUGCUUCAUCAGCACAAAGGAUCGUGAAGGUUCCAGGGUGGGCAAUGUCAUCUUUGCGUCGACGUUUGCUUUCUUGGGCCUCUUCUCCCUCGCCAUCACCGUGGUGUGCAACAUGGCGACCAUUGUUGCCUUGGUGUGUCGGUGUCAAUCCAAAAGCUCAGCAUCUCAGCCCAGGAGGCAGUGGGGCAGAAUUACCAUGGAAACUUUGAUCCAGCUACUGGGGAUCAUGUGUGUUCUCUUUGCCUGCUGGUCCCCACUCUUGAUUAUGAUGUUAAAGGUGACGUUCAACCACACAUCUGUGGAUCAUUGCAGAGAAUCCUGCAACCCAACCCAAAGCACAGAACUGCAGACAGAGUGUAAUUUCUUCUUAACCGCUAUCCGCUUGGCAUCACUGAAUCAGAUCUUGGACCCAUGGGUUUACCUGCUGCUUAGGAAGAUCCUCCUGCGAAAGUUUUGCCAGGUAGCAAAUGCCAUCUCCUGCCGCUCUCAGGAAGGGUGGAAAGGGCGGCACAUCAUGUUAUCAGACAAAAUCAGACACACAACAGCUUGAAGCAGCUUGCAUGUCAACAGCUUUCCUUGCAGCAUCUUUUAACUUACUGUGAAUUUGGGCAUACAAGUUAUGCCCAUUUCCCUCUGUAAUUUAAUUGCAAGGAAGUAAUAUAUUCAGUGGACUUUAAAUGGCUGAUUGUUAUAUUUUCAUUGUCUGCCAGAAACUGUUAAUUUAUAAUGAAAUUAAAGUGCUAUAACUAAGAAACAUACAAGUCCAGUGUCUUUUAAAAUUCAUAGUUAAGAAUGCAACUUUUUGUGUGUAUGCCAAAGACACCCUAGGGAUUGCAACUGCAAAAAUUGAAACUGUGAAUGUUGAUUCAAUGGUAAAUAAGUUAUUGAAGACUGUACAUUAGUUUGACUCUAAAAUUAUUGCCUGAUAUUUCCUUUUGUUUCCAGCCUUCUUUUUUACAUACCAGUUUAACGGAAAAGGAACAAUUAUCACUUUUCAUGUUGAUUCCAGAAGUGAGGGAUGGGGUGGGGAUUGAAGAAUCAAAAAUGCUAUCGUGUAUUAAUGGUUUGGCUGCUUUCCUUAAAGUUGUGAAGGUAGCAAGAGACCUGUAAAAUGCAUGGAGUAACCACAAUAAUUAUUCAUUCAUCUUCAAUAAACACUAAAGGUCUUUUCCAAAUGAUAAUUUGUUACUUGUAUAUUCUCAUUUGUUCAUGCAAAUUGCUCUUGUAAUUUGGUUGUUCAAGAGGAUGCAUGUGUAUCAUCAGCAAAUUUGGCCACUUCAGUGCUCACCCCUAACUCUAGAUCGUUUAUGAACAUGGAAGAAGACACUCACAGGGUUUAGUGGAAUCUCAGUAGAACCCUCCCUUCCUCUACUCAUCUGGGAGUGCGUAGUGUUGGGCACCCAGUAACAGACACUGCCAUUUCCUUCAGUCAUCUGGCUGUCUUCUUCUUCACUGGAGCCAUGCUCACAUGCUACUUGUACUUGCAUUGCCACGUUUUGACAGUAUGUCCUCCCAGUCUAGGGCUCCCCCUCCUGGGGAGGGAGGAGAGAGGAACAGGAAUUAAUAGAGCUCUAUGGAGAUCCCUCUCCAUGAAUGCAUGGGUUUUGUCCACAUGUUACAAUUGGAUAUAAAUUGAUACACGUAAUUCACAUACUUAUUAUAACAGCAAGAAAACAGACUUCUUUCUGCACAAUGUGAGGUUAUGUAUCUAUUUAAAUUGUAGCCUUGUAACAAACUGUUAUUAGAAAUUACAUCCUAUGCCUUGGCUAACUGGCAAAACAUCCCAGUGAUUAUUGUGACCAUGCUGGGCAGUUUUAUGGACAAUUUCUCUUGUUAACUUUGAAUGUGCUGGAAAUAACCUGCUCAGGGUGCAAUAAGUGUUAUGGGAAUGUCAAACAUAGACAGUUUAUUUUAUUUUUCAAAAGACAAUUAUUGCUUUUCUUUUUUUAAAAUGUUACGUAAGCUUAUAUCUGUGAAAUUGCUUCAGCAACACUUUUUAACAGCUAUUUCCCAUUGUACAAGUGUUGGGCUGUUUCUUCUAACUUGAAGGCUUAAAUAAUAAAGUUUUCUAUUUACAAAUGA